AUGAAGCAGUCAACUCUGAUCGCCCUUGCACUCGCUGCCUUUACCAGUGCUACUCCCCUCCUCGAGACACGCGCCGACUGUGCCCCCGUUCACAUCAUCGCUGCGCGUGCCUCCACUGAAGCCGCCGGAGCUGGUAUCAUUGGCGAUGUCAUGGAUGAUGUUGUCAGUCAGAGUUCUCAGACAAUCACCACUGCAUCCGUCGACUACCCUGCCACCUUGACCGACUACGCAGCAUCUUCUGCUUCUGGAACUGCAGCGUUGAAGACAAUGCUUACGAACCAGGUCGCGGCCUGCCCCAACCAGAAGAUCGUGCUUAUGGGCUACUCCCAGGGUGCACAUAUCAUUGGAGAUACUUUGGGCGGUGGUGGAGGACCGACUGUCCUGUUGGGUGCAAAGACUGAUCCGGUUGCGACUAGUAUCUCUGGCAAAGUUGUGGCGGUUGUUCUCAUGGGAGACCCCCGCCAUGUUGCCAGCGAAAGCUUCCAAGAGGGGACUGCAACUUACUUGAAAGGUCUCUUUCCACGCGGUACCGACCAAUCCCUCGAAUCCUUUUCCAGCAAGAUUCACUCGUACUGCGACAUUGGCGAUCUCUUCUGCGCUAGUGGAACAAGCACGCUCAUCCAUCUGGCGUACGUCACCAAGUACGGUAGUGAGGCUGUGGACUUUGUCUUGGGCAAGAUCGGCAACUAG